AUGUCGUGGAACUUGACCGCGGAGCAGCUCUCGGCGCUGCUUCGGCUGCACAACCUGACGCGCGCGCAGUUCAUCGCGCGCUAUGGGCUGCGGCCACUGGUGCUCACCCCGCAGCUUCCCGCGCGCGCCAGGGUGGCCCUCCUGCUGGUCGGCAUGCUCAUCUUCGCCCUGGCCCUCUUCGGCAACGCCCUGGUAGUCUAUGUGGUGACCCGCAGCAAGGCCAUGCGCACCGUCACCAACAUCUUCAUCUGCUCCCUGGCACUCAGCGACCUGCUCAUCGUCUUCUUCUGCAUCCCGGUCACCAUGCUCCAGAACAUCUCGGACACCUGGCUGGGGGGUGCCUUCAUUUGCAAAAUGGUCCCAUUUGUCCAGUGCACUGCCAUUGUGACAGAAAUCCUUACUAUGACCUGCAUUGCUGUGGAAAGGCACCAGGGACUUGUCCAUCCUUUUAAAAUGAAGCGGCAGUACACCAAUCAAAGGGCUUUCACAAUGCUAGGUGUGGUGUGGCUGGUGGCCAUCAUCAUAGGAUCACCCAUGUGGCAUGUGCAGCGACUUGAGAUUAAGUAUGACUUCCUAUAUGAAAAAGAACACAUCUGCUGCCUGGAAGAGUGGAGCAGCCCCGUGCACCAGAAAAUCUACACCACCUUCAUCCUCGUCACCCUCUUCCUGCUGCCUCUGUUGCUGCUGUCUGUCCUCUACGGGAAAAUCGGUUAUGAGCUUUGGAUCAAGAAAAGAAUCGGGGAUGGCUCAGUGCUCCGAACUAUUCAUGGAAAAGAAAUGUUCAAAAUAGCCAGAAAGAAGAAGCGAGCUGUGAUCAUGAUGGUGACAGUGGUGGUUCUCUUUGCUGUGUGCUGGGCACCUUUCCACAUUGUUCACAUGAUGAUUGAAUACAGUAAUUUUGAAAAGGAAUAUGAUGAAGUCACAAUCAAGAUGAUUUUUGCUAUCGUGCAAAUAAUUGGAUUUUUCAACUCCAUCUGCAAUCCCAUUGUUUAUGCACUUAUGAAUGAAAACUUCAAAAAGAACUUUGUGUCUGCUGUUUGCUAUUGCAUUGUGAAGGAAACCCCUUCUCCAGCACGGAAGCAUGGACAUUCAGGAGCUAUGGUGAUGCACAGGAGAGCAAAGUUAGCUGCAAGAGAGAAUCCUGGAGAGAUCAAAGGAGAAGCAUUCGGGGGCAGCAACAUCGAUAUCAAGUGGUGUGAACAGCCAGAAAAGAAGAAGAAAUCGAAAGUGGCAUCCUGUCCUCUUUAG